AUGUUAAAGGUAGUUCUCUUAACAUGGGUUUUAUUUUUCUUCGGUUUCGUUAUUUAUCUAGGCUUCGAGUUUCUUCGCGUCUGGAAAAACGGUCAUUCUAAGUUCCAUACAUUGUUGAGUGUGAUCGUACACUUUCUUCUUAACCGCUUUGUGUUUCGUAUCGGAGCAACCGCGAGAAGAAAGCUGGAAUAUGACACAGGAAACUUUUCCUCUGUACAAGAAGAUUUUCUGUUGAAAAUUCUGAAAAAAAAUUCCAGGACUAAGUAUGGAGAAGAGUUCAAAUUUGGUCGAAUAUCAAACAGGCAUGAAUUCUUACACUGUCAUCCAGUUACAGACUACGAUCACUACAAGAAUUACGUAGGUAUGUAAAAGCACAUUUUCUUCCCUACUUUUACAUAAUUAAUCAAUAAGAUAUUUACUAUCUGCACUAAAACUGUACAUUAACCUUAACAAACAGCUAGUUUUUGCUAAAUUUUGUCACUCCUGAUACCUGAUGUCUCAGGUGCAACUACGCUAAGAAUUCGCUGUAUUCUCAGUUUUUUUUUACUAAAGCUGUUCAUACAAAAAUAAUUGCAACAAUAGCAAGAAAAAUAACCCUGUGUAAUUUCAAGUUACUUUUCAGCAAAAAUUUGCAAACUAUUUUUAGACAUUUUUUUCGAUCAAUAUUUUAUUUUUUAAAAAAAGGUCCUCAAUUUUCGGUGCUUGAACUUGUACGUGCAUUGUAUAAUUUGUAAUUUGUAAUUUGUAAUUUGUAAUUCGGUUUACCCACGGAGCAUUGACAUUCCCAAGUGCUGAUCCCUAACACUGAUUUCAGUUAAAAUUACACUUGAGUAACUGGACAGAAAAGUCAAGUACUACUCAAGUUUGAAAUUUAGUCCCCAUAUGUUCCUUCGAUGCUUAUACUUAAAAGUGGAUAUUUCGUGAAUUUGUUAUGACGUAAGUGCAUUUGUUCGCAACUUCUGGAUAAAUCCGAUCACUAUAAUCAUCACUUCAAACUUGUAACCUUUGGAUACGAAAAGUGAAAACAAAUCAGUUUGUCCUAACAACUAACAAACGAAUUCCAUACUAGCGUGCGAUUCGUCAGGCACUGCAGAUCACAGUUCAAGUGGACUGACCAUUUUAAAAUUUUUGUCAUGUUCUCGACAUGCUGUCUACCACACUUGGUUUCCUUCUGAACUAAUCAUGCGUGCGCUAAUGCCUGAUUUCAUGUCGCUUAUAUAAUAACAUAGAAGGACUAUCAUGGCUUCGGAGAAAUUUUCGACCAAACGGUUUGGUAGUUUUGCAAUUUUUUUUUCUCACUUGUUCGCCCGGAGGGGAGGUACUCCUCAGAAUUCUUGGUUGAGGUGGACUACACCCAGUUCUUCAACUCCUGACUUAGUCUAUUUUAUAUUACCAGAUCAUGCCAUUAUCCAUACUUGUUUUUAGACAUCAUGAUGGUUCAUGUCAGAAGCAUCUAUUGCUUCUGUUAAUGUAAACAGGAAACCUCUUUCUUUGUGCAUAUCUAUAUCAUGACAAAUUUAACGUUGUGUUGACAAUCUUUUCCCCGGCUUUCUUGUGGGCUUCCUUGCGGUGGCUCACGCGACAUACAUAUCUAUCUAUACAGCUAUUUAGAGAAAGGUUGUCGGAAACAAUGUGCACACGACAAUCCCAAAAUGUAAUAUGGAAUAUGAUCGAUACACUGUUCCGGACACUGUAGCUGUCGAACCUACUUUUGCUGCUUUGUUUUAGCGCUCGCAAACAUAUGUCCAUGGCCUCUCGUGCCAUUCUUUCGAAUUUCUUUGAAGAACAGUGAAUUAAAAACCACCUACAAUACCUUUCGGUAUGGUUGCGUGCACUCUUUCUCAACCUUUCUCGAAAUAGUUGUAUACGCCUGAAUUUUGUCAUCUUAGCUUAGGUUAGAAUGCUAACAAAAUUGUUAAAAUUCUGAUCGAUUGAUAUCUUCUAUUAUUUCUCCAUCUGUUUUAUUCAGUUUGGAGCAAGAGAGGCUAAAGCUUUAUCCUCCCUUGGUUUGGAGUUAAAAGGACAAAUAUGUUUGUACCCCUUCGUAGUUCCCUUGAAAAUCAUACCAGAUUUCAAACCAUAAUUUAAUUGAACAACUUUAGGAAUUAAUAGCAAGUACUUGACAAACAUUUUGUUUUGUUUUGUUUUCAAAAGACAGAAUAGCUAAAGGCGAGAAGAAUGUUAUGACUCAUCAAGAGCCUUGGAUGCUGGCAGUUACAUCCGGGACAACAGGAAAAAGCUGUCUAAUCCCCAAGACACGUGACAACUCCCGCGCUUUUGUCAAGUUCGGUUUCGCUGUUGGUGUUUAUCAUACCAUAUUUGGUGCUCUUCCACAGGUGAGACGAUAAAAGACAAAAACAAUCCUUAGACAUACGAGACAAAACAAUGAUCUAGGAAGAAUCCGGGGGAUCGAAGCCAAUCAGAAACGGUGGAAUGUCUUGAAUGAAUAGUAAUAUUCAUUUCUGCACUUAAAUAAUGUCUAUGACCUUUUAUUUGAACAAGUCGGAUAGAUGCCAGCCUUUGGAGAUCCAAGAUUUGGAGUCUGUCUCUUUUGUAGUGAACCCUUUUCACGUCGAACCACCACUUUUUUAUAAACACAAUUCGACUUAGGCCCAAAUUACGACACGACACAAUUACGAGUAGCUCAGGACACGACGUUUUGUACAGUAUGAAGCACAGACAGUAACAAUUUGCUUCCAUGGUGGAAGAGUCUUCUCAGUUAUGAAACCGUAGAAAACGGAAGAUAAUCGGAAACAUUUUCAAAUUUGUAGGCAAGUGGAAAAGCUCAAAACCAUAGCACAGAACAGCUCAAAAUUCGAUUUUCUUACUGCGGUCGAUUUGGUCACCCGUACGGCAGACUGGGAGAUUUAUGCCGUAUUCGGGAUACUGCCGCAAAAUCCAGGUUAGUUAUUGCGUGCCAGGGGCUCCGAGCCCUCCCACAACUCGCCUCACGAUUUCCCUCGCUCACCUGAAAAGCGCGGGAAAAAAAACCUGUUCUACAUGCGGCGUUGAGUCAAUUCUCAUGAUUAAGUCGUAUUUAUUAUUUUCAUUUACAGGCAGACAAUUUACAGAAGUGCCUCAAACUGUUUCACGCCCCUGAAAUAAAGUACUCUGAGGGAGGUAUUCCAAUAGGACCCUCAACAUUAGCCCCUUCUCUUCAGUUCCAUGCCCUCUCUACGCCCCGCAUGCUUCUGGAUAUCCCUUCGGUGCCCACAGGACUUUACAUCCAUCUGUUGUUUGCGUUAAGAGACAGAGAUCUAGGCUGUAUAUGGAGUAACUUUACGUAUUAUAUUCACGGAGUGUUUGUUUUUCUGGAGGAGAACUGGAAACUCAUGGUACAGGACAUCGAAAAGGGAGAGAUCAAUCCUGAUCUUGAAAUAACAGAACCUGUUCGAAGGUAAGAAUGAACCAAAGAGUUUAAUUUAUCUCGGUGUCUGCUCUGUUGUUAAUACUGAUUUCCUACAUGUGGGAUGUCCCAAGGACGUGAUUAGAUUACAUCUCAGUUAACGAGAUACCGUAUUUAUUCGAGUAAGCGCCCAACCUCGAAUUAGCGCCCACUAGUAUUUAUUCGAGUAAGCCCCCAACCCGAAAUUACCCCCCACUUGUAAUAACCGCCCUCCCAAAAAGCAAAAAAAGUUAAUAACCCCCCCCCCCCCCUCCCUCCCCCCCAAACCCAACCAACCCCCCCCAACCAAAACCCCCCCCCCCCCCCUUCCCCCUUCCACACAAAAAUGAAUAAGUACUAAUCUAAUAAGAGACUUCCUCGAAGACCGAGUUUUCUUCAGAGUAUUUUACGGGAACUUGCGUACAUCUUCGCGUUUUGUUAUUACCUUUUUUUGAUUUGUUGCAAAAUAAACAUACUACACUUGCUGAAAAUAGUGAAAAUUUAAUAAGCGCCCAGCCUCGAAUAAGCGUCCACCUCGAAUAAGCACCCACUCUCAAGGUCCAAAAAUUUUAUAAUCGCUCAGGGCGGUUAAUCGAAUAAAUACGGUAAGUAAUUCUCUCUAUAUAAAUUCAUCACAAAUGAAGAUACCAAAUGUUUCGUAGCACGAUAAUUCUAUAUUUCGGCUGCAUUCAACAGCCUUCAUUAGGGUUAUAAAAGCGGUUACAAAUCCGCGUAAUACUAGUUUAAAGAUACACAACACUUGAGCAGUCGAACCAACGAACCACAAUAAGCGCGCGCGUUUAACAAUUACCAGUUACUUCUACGAUUUUAUCUACGUCUCGCCGCUUAUUUUGAAGCCAAAAAAAAUCAUCCUCAUUAAGGCCGUACGGGCUCAAAGUGUUCAGUCUAUAACUGGCCCUCCACGUCUCUCAGUUCCUCCUCAUUACUGACUCUGUCAAUGGGCUGUAUCUGCAGCUGGAUAUCCUCCAAUCCAUGAUGUCCCUCCCCCCAGAAAUGCUUAUAGAUGAGAUCAUCCUGAUCCCACUGCACGCUAUCUAAGUUUCCGUAGCUUCUAAUACGAGUUUAUUAUUAUUAAACCUAAUUCUAAAUUUCGUUUUUUAGUUUUUGCUACAUACUGGGAGGUCUAUAGCAGCUUUAGGUUGACCACAGUACCGGAGUCUACGGCCCCUACUUUACAAAUAACUGUGGGUUCUGUUAAGUAAAAAGGAGCCAGAUUUGUGGAAGUACUGUUAGCCCGCCUGUUAGCCCUGUCCUUGUCUGAGAAGACUAGAACGUUUAACAGUUCGUAGACUUUUUCAGAAACAAGGGUCGCACAUUCUCCUUAACCAUCUGAGAAGUGGGUAUUGAUAUUAUUAUAUUGAUAUUGGUAUUAAUUCAGUUUUCAAAAGUUGCUCGUUUAUUUCGUGACCGCUUGACAAGGUGUUGGCAGUAGCUAUUCACGAGAGAGGAUAAAGGGGGAUCAGGAAAUAGGCACGUGGGGGUAUAUAUCCUUCCUUACCGGAAAAAAGUUCAACAAAGAAUCAUUUGUGUGCCUCUUGUUCCCCCGUAUGAGGAAAUCCAAGACAUUCUUGGAUUCUAAAUUCAACUCAUGGAUUUCGGAUUGAUAGUACUGGAUUACGGACAGUCUUUGUCAGUGGCAUUUGGACUGCUGAUUCCAUUCGUUGGUGGGAUUUCGGAUUCUUUGAGCUGUAGUCCGGAUUCCAACGCCCAGUAUUCCGGAUUAAUUCCACAAUUAAAAUUUUUUCGGAUUGUGGAAUCCUUACGUGGGGCGACUCUUAAAACAUUCUAUUUCUCUCUGUUUGUUUCCUGACAGCGACUUGAACAAACUUCUUAAGCCUGACAAACAGCGAGCGAAUGAUCUCCGGCGCGAGUUUGAGAGAGGAUUUGAUCAAAUAGCAAGAAGAAUAUGGCCGAAUCUCAAAUAUGUACACGGCGUGGUUUCAGGUGAGAAAUGAUGAUUUUUACCCAAUCACUUUUGUUAAGACAAGUGAGCUGUUUCCUCUUGAAUAACAGGAAAUGUCGUUUGUCUUAUAGGAUCUUCAGAGUUAUAUGCUACCCAGCUGCGAUGUCGUUAUCUUAAAGGUGUUCAACUCUGCUCCACCAUCUACGGCGCGACAGAAGGUUUAAUAGGAGUCAAUCUUUGGCCAUUAGAGGAUACGCCUUGUUAUUUGCUUGUUCCGCGAUCGAUGUUUUUCGAGUUCGUACCCAUUGAGAACAGCUACGAGGAACAACCCGAGGUGCGCUUAUUUUCAUUGUUAUUUUAAUUCAGAAUUACCACCAUUUUUUUGCAUUUUAACCUUGGGAUUCACUAUACACAUUUCCCCUUUACAUGUGUGUCUAUUUCUGACACAGAUGUUCAACAUCUGUGAAUUUAUUGAGGAAAAAUAAGGCCAGGAUCAAUCGAUGGUGCUAAUCAUGAAAACAAAGGGUGGAUGCCAGGAUUUGGAGGGGUAGGCCUGGGUUCCAUUACCGUCCUGUCCAACGCUCAGGUUCCUAAAAUAACUGAGGAGAAUGUGUUGCUUGCCUUGACAUCUACAAUGGUUAAACAUUUUACUCUUCUCGGAUAAGGAAGAAACAUCUUAGACUCACAAAACUUCAAUGAUCUGAGUUUGUGAGACUUAAAAUACCUCUAGGGCUCUAUCAGCCUUUGGAAGUGACCACGUUAAUCUGUUAUGGGUUUUAGAACGGGUAGGGAGUAGAAAGCAUACUGCAUAGGACCUAUAAGUGAAAUUUGUGUUUAUCCACUUUUUGGAAGGUUUGUACUAAAGAAAAGCUGAAUAACAAAAUCUGCAAAAAAAAAGCGAAGCAAAAAAUAAAGAAAGAAAUAAAACUAAGCAAAGCAAACAAAAAGAAAAUACAUGAUCGUUUUCUCUUGUAUUUUGUAGACAUUAUUUGGUGAGGAUGUCAAGGUUGGCUGCCUGUAUGAGCUCAUAGUAACAACAUUAAGCGGUCUUUAUCGAUACAGAAUUGGCGAUGUGGUGAAAGUGGUUCGUUUUCAUAAUAGCUGUCCAGUAAUUACGUUUCAGUACAGACAAGGUCAGCUACUUAAUAUGCGUUCAGAGAAAACGUCUGAAGCGAUGAUCUACGAAGCCAUCACGAAAGUAACCCGAAAGAAAGGCGAGCAUCAACUCGUGGAUUACACAUGCGCGGAGAGUAUCCUGUUGGACUUUGUUCCGAACGGCAGAGCAGUCAUCAAAGAACGCCAAGCAAAAAAGCAUUUAAACCAUACAGGACUUGGCAUUGGUGCCAAACCUUUUUACUUGGUUUUCUUGGAGCUGUCACCUCUAAUACGAAAUACGAAGGAUACCGAAGCACUUGAACAGGAGGUAGGCUUCUAAAAAUGUGAAUACCGUAGCCUCGUAUUUGGACCAGUUCACGCUGUGCGAGUGGAUUAGCAUUAGAUCCCAUUAGCCUAAAAACCCUUGGACACAUUAUGAAUAUUUUACACAACGUAGUAUUCCUUAUCGCUGCGGUUCCCUUUGUUAUACUUAGUUACGUUGUGUAAACUUCAUAAGGUGUCCAAGGGGUUGUAGGUCUAGGCCGAUGAGAUGUAAUGCUAGUGAGGGCCGAACGCGAUUACAUUACCCAGUCUCGGGCCAAAAUCUCCAGAGAAGAUUGACGGAUGACGACACAUCCGAACCUGCCUUGGACGACGGAGAACGAGGCUGUGAAUACCGUAACUAGAAAUAGGUGUCUCGCACGGGAAGGAUCGAAGAACAGAACUGAAACCAGCCUUUGACAAGAGAGAAUUGAUCAAUCGGGGUGGAAAGCACCAUGACAUCAUUGCGGGCACCAACGGAUAUGAAUAUUUAACAAUAUAUAUGGGCCACGUGAGUUUGAGGGCGGAUAGGAUUGAAGAACAAUCCACGCGCUGCGCGCGCGACUAUUAAAAUACCUCGGCUUUAUGAGGAAUUACUUGUUUUUCCUCGUUUAAAUGGCCCUGUUGAUUGAAGUUCUUAUGAAUCUAAGCCGAAAAACUUUUUAUUUUUUUUUUAGUUGGACGAAGCUCUGUGUGAAAUCAACCCAUAUUAUUUAACCCGACGCGAGAAUGGUGGCUUCAUCGGGAGACUCAGGGUGUGUUUGGUUAAAUCUGGUACGUUCCAAAAGUUUCGGGAAUUUCUUCUGCAAGUCACGCCAACUGCGGUCAAUCAGCUGAAGAUUCCAAGGAAAUUGACAUCGAAAGAACAGCUNGAAGUUCUUAUGAAUCUAAGCCGAAAAACUUUUUAUUUUUUUUUUAGUUGGACGAAGCUCUGUGUGAAAUCAACCCAUAUUAUUUAACCCGACGGGAGAAUGGUGGCUUCAUCGGGAGACUCAGGGUGUGUUUGGUUAAAUCUGGUACGUUCCAAAAGUUUCGGGAAUUUCUUCUGCAAGUCACGCCAACUGCGGUCAAUCAGCUGAAGAUUCCAAGGAAAUUGACAUCGAAAGAACAGCUUACAUUCUUUAUCAACCAACUUGGUCUGAAAAGGACGAGUGCAUGA